UUACGUAGCUUUUAUUUAAGGAAAAAAUAGAGAAAAUUAUUUUGUACAGUACUAAUCGAUUUUAUAGUUAGUUUAAUAAUAAAAUAUAAUAUAUAUUUAUAUGAACCAACUUAUUUUUUUAAGGAUUCUAAGAAUCAUCCUAGUGAUGACAUGUGGCUGCAAAAAAAUAAUGUAAUGUUCUAUGAUUAAUAUAUAUACCAAAUUAACGGUUUUCUCCGUGGUUACAGAAAAACAGAAAAUUUAUAACACAUUUUUGCUUGUUAAGGCAUCUUAGAUUGCAUUAUAUGUAAGAACAUUUCCAACUCACUUAUGUAAUAGAAAUCUCUAAAAAAAAUAGAGAUAAAUUUUUUGCUCCAAAUAUUCUUUUAUAAUUGAAGAAUGCUAUAUUUGAUUAUAUAAAUAGAGAAAUGCUAUAUUAUUGCAUCUAUAAAUAGACGAAUGCUAUUUUUCCCUCUAUUUAUAUAGACAAAUAUAGCAUUCCUCUACUAUAGAGAAACACAUUUGAGCAAAACGUCCAUUUUUUAGAGAGAUCUAUUAUAGAUAAGCGUUGGAGACGGCGUAUCUAAACGUGCGUUAUUUUGUUGAAAUGCAUGCGUAGACAUGCAAGUUGCAAAAUGCCGUAGUUGACCAUGUAAAUGUAGAGUAGUUUGGAUUUUGUAAUUAUUCGCGAUCUGCAUCACAUUAUAUAACAUGAAUGCGUUCGUGUGUGCAAUAAAAAGUCAAACAGAUGCAUACUACAUAUUCAUACAGAGUGAGGCAUUGUGCAGAGAGAAACCCACGCGUUUAGAAGAGAGGAGACAGUUCUGGUAUCAACUUUAAUGUUGUACCGUUGCAUGUUACCUACUUUCCUAGCUUCGCCCUUUCAUUUUUGUCUUCUAUUUUUUUGUAACCUACUACUAACCAGAAUAAGAUACUUUAGUUGAGCAAGGUAUUUUCUGUUUUUGUUUUUGAUUUAUUAUAACCUGGCCUUUCAAGAAGGACAUUCACUCAUGCCAUGCACGAUUUAACAGUUUGCCACGAUUUUCCAUUUACCUUAUUUUCACCCCCAAAAAAUGGAACUUGUUCAUAAAUCUCGCAUAGCAUUUUGACCAUAUAUCUAUGUUUCUAUGUUUCAUAGUGUAUAAAUACUAUUAUCAUCUAUAAACCCUAUUAUCAUGCUCUCUCAGUAAAAAAAAUGUUCUAUAUCCUGCGUAAUCACUUGGCCAAGAACAUUUGGUUGGCUGCCACAAGGAAUUCAAGACUUUGCUUUCUUUAAUCUCAUAUCUUCUCCUAGCUAGACAAGAUUUUGCUAACGUUUAGUUGAAAACCUAGUUAUUGUUUUUAUUGAGAAAUGACCGCGCGUUACCUGUACAUGCACUGAGCAAAUUGCAAAUCGUUGUUUAUUGGUAGCGUGGAAAGUUCCCAAAUGAAAAGAGUUACUCUUGCGAUUCGAUAUAUAACAAUAGUCGUGUGAUAACGUACAUGAUAAUCUCCAAAUAAAAAGAAUACAUGUUGCUCAGAGCACAAUAUAUAUAUAUACAUGCAACCUAUGUGUAUUGUGUUAGGGUUUGGAGACGGUAGGGGACGUGAUCACUUUAUCAGUUAAAAGAUAAGCAUGGGCAUUCGGAUAUCCGUUCGGGUACGGUUGGUUCUUUCGUGUAUCAAGUUUUUUGGGUUUGAAAAUUAGGCACCGUUCGGAUAUUACAAAAUUUUGGGUCGGGUUCAAGUCGGCACCUCCCAGGUCCGGGUGGGUUUCGUUAUGAUGUAAAAGAACCUGAUAACCGAACAACCAACGUAUCUGAAACAGAUUUGGAUAAUAGUACCCAAAAUAACCAUAUUAGCCGAUUUGGUUCGGGUAUUUUGUAUCUAAAGUCUAAACUACCCAACUAUACCAAAAAAGUAAAUCAAAAAUGCUCAUUAGAUACGUUUUUUGAGGAUUUAUAUCCAAACUAUAAUAUUUUAUCCAAAAAUACACAAAAAUAUUGAAAAUAACUAAUAUAUUUAAUUUGUAAUUUUAAUUUAAAUUAUUAAAAUAAUUAUACAUAUAAUUAUAAAUAAUAUUUGUAAAUAUAUAUAUAUAUAUAUUUACAUUUCAUAUAUCUUCGGAUACUCAUUCAGAUCGGAUUGGGUACCGGUUCUUUGGAUACAUCAAUUUAGGAUCCAUUCGGUUAUUUAUCUCAGAUCUGAUCGUGUUCGGAUCUGUUUUUCGGGUCGGUUUUAGGUCGGUUCUUCGGUACAAGAUAUUUUGCCCAGACCUAGUUAAAGAUUACCAACAUUGAUCAAAAUGGUGAAAGAGAUGAAGUUAGUGAAUGGUGAUUAAUUAUGUUAGUUGUAAAACCUAUGUGGACUUUAACUAACCAAAACGAUAUGAAAUUAGUGGUGGAGGUUAAAUUCUGCAAAUGCGAGAAGGUCAUUUAGUCACAAUCGAGUAACAGUAGGAAACCAAAGAGGCUACACCAUGAAGAAAGAGCCCUAGUUGAGACAAAUCCACGUGACUUAGGUUUUCAUAAAAAAAUAAAAAUAUAAUAAAACCCUAAAUAAGCGAAUUGACCAUAAUCUAGUAAAAAAGAACAGACAAAACAUAACCUCAUGUAGAAGGAACAAUUUCUGAGCGCCGCCAGUUAUUAAUUCAGAAUCAUAAUUUUACAAUUUUCAACCCCUCCCCUUACAACUCCCAACAUCAUAAUUUCCUUUCCCAUCCACAAAAUACUGUCUAAAUCAACUUUUAACCAAUUUUAUUGAUUGUUAUUACCAUAGUACUUAUUGACACUGUUCUUCUUUGUCCACAAUACUAUUCACGAACAGGUCUCUAAAAUACAACACUAGUGUUACAUUUUUUUUUUUUUUUUUUGAUAAAUAUGUGAAUUUCAUUAUCAAGAUAAUGACACUGGGGAUACAAAUAGUUUUUGCAAGCAAAACCUACUGCAUCAAUGGAUGCUAAUUAAAGCAGAGGUCAAAACAAGCCCCAAAAAAAAGCUAAAAAAGACUUUGUAAGACAAACAAGGUUUAAUCUAACCCUGAGGCUAAGACUAAAGCUUAACUAAAACGAAAUUCCUAGCAGCUAUGAAAUUCCAGUAGAACAACACUGAGCCUUGUCGUCGGUACCUGCAACAAGAGUGAUGAUCAACAGAGCAGAACAGCCGGAGAACAAUACGAGGACCCGCAUAUUGUCCCGAAGGCGACUCCGAACGAGCAACAGGCGAAGCAGGGGUGACUAGGUCCUGGUCCGGCCAUCACACAAAGAAGUCCACUCCAGACGCUGGUGACUCCAGAAGCUAGCAAGUCGGCACUAGUGUUACAUUAGAAUUGUAAUCUUUGAAAUAGUUCCAAACUUCAAAAAUAUUUAGUGUGAAAGCGAAUUAGUGUUUUUCAAAAUCGUGAUUCAGUGUUCCAAUUUUAUAAGUUUAGUUUAUUUUUUUCAAGAAAAUAAUGUUUUUGGAAACCCCAUGUACUUAGCAGGCACACGCCUUAACCACUCGGCCAAAAAAAAGAAAAUAAUGUUUUUGAGCAUUAAAAACAAAGAACAAAUCAAAAAGAUAUAUAUCCAUUAUCGAGACAUCUUGAAACUUCUGAGAAUAAGGAAAAUAAAAAUAGUAUGUAUAAUAAUUACGUUAUUGUUACUUAUCAAAAAGACAUGUAAGUUAUUACCCCAAUUUUAUGUAAGUCCGUAGGAAAAUAAAGACACAAGACGUGGAACAUGAAACUUCGUUAAACGUACUUUUACUUUCUCUCUCAUAGAGGAGUGAUCACAAGUCAAAAAGACGCAAGUCUCUUCGAUUUUAAAGAAAUGAUGUUAUUUUUCCCUCUAUAAAUACGUUAUCAGCUACCAAUAUACAUUCAGGUACCUCAAAAAACUCUUAAGAGAACCACAUAGCAAAGCAAAUACUUUCUUUGCGUAUAAUAAAACUUCCCUCAGGUCAAACCAUGGAUGAAGCAAUCAUGAGACUAGAAGGUGCUGAGCACAGAGAAACCAACAAUCAUUCUCUGAAGAGAAAGCCAUCAAGAACUUCCUCCACCGCUCCAUGCUCUCCCGGAGGUGUACCCACCGCAAAAUCUGUCCCCGGAGCUGGCGCUUCCGGUGGCACCACCAUCAGGUACCGCGGCGUGAGGCGUAGGCCAUGGGGUCGUUACGCUGCUGAAAUACGCGAUCCGAUGUCCAAGGAGAGACGUUGGCUGGGGACAUUUGACACUGCUGAGGAAGCAGCCUGCGCAUACGACUGUGCUGCUCGAGCCAUGCGUGGUCAUAAAGCUCGAACCAAUUUCGUCUACCCAAUCCCUUCACUUGACUCUUACCACCAUCGUAUUUUCUCGUCUCCUCCGAUGAACAUGUUCCUUCGAGGCGACGUUUUGAACUCUCAGUCUCUUUCUCCUUUCGCUUACCCACUCUCUAACGUAAGCGGCCCGGUCUACGAUUCAUUCGCUAAUGUUAACGAUGUCUCCGAAGAUCACUCACCUAAAGCGAAGCGGUUUAGCACCUUUGACAACGAGAGCAUGAUAUCAAUCCUCGAACCAGAACCAGCUGGGUCUGGUCUUCUUCAAGAAAUUGUUCAAGGCUUCUUGCCCAAACCUAUCCCUCAACAAGCUGCUACACCUCCAACGACCAUUGGUGUAUUCCCGACAAUGUUAGAGACUGGUUUUCAGUCUGAGUUUCGUUUACCGGAUCACGUCAAUGUUGAAGGAAACGGAUUCGGUCAGUUAAAAUAUCAUGGAGAGUUGGGUUGGGUGGAUCAUGAGGGUGGGUUUGAUUCAGCCAAGAUGCAUCAGAAUGGAAAUGCCGGAAUGUUAUAUCAGUAUUGCUUUCAUGAUUAUUAAACCAUAAUGGUUGUGUUUUUACGUGCUGAUCACUCCACUGUUUCUUUAGGAUUAUGACAAUAGUUUGGGUUAGCUAACUCAAAAGCCUUUUGUCUUUUUUUCUUCAUCUAGUUGUAUGAUCAGUUUAUCUUUUGAUCGGUUUAUCUUUUGAAAGGAAAAAUCAUCGGAGAGUAUGAGAGAUUUUACCUUUUUUUGGCAAAUCAGCAUGGGAAAGCUUAAUUGAAUUGUAUAUUUAUAUGACAUGUCGAGUCAGCAAAUUUAAGAAGAAAUAGAUUUGACAAAAAAUAUAAAAAUUGGAAAAUACUCGUCGUGGAGGGGGGAAUGAAGACAACUCCAAAAGGACAAAAUAUGAGAUAUCUAGAAAACUAGAUCUCUUCUAAUAAGUUGACUUUGAAAUCCAUAAAAACAGCCUUUGUCUUCUUUCUUUGUCUCCUCUCCUAUACGCUCUCAAAUCAUCAGAAGGGCAUAUUUUGAAGUUCACAAUAUAGUUUUUUUUUUUUGAAAAAAAGUUCACAAUAUAGUUAAGGCUCUUGUUUUAAGUUUGAUCAAAGGUCCAAGUAACUGGUCCAUAAAAACUCGAUAGAUAACCGUAUAUUUACUCGAAUUUGCAUCAUUGCAUGUUAGCAAUGUAGCCUAGUUUCCGUGAAGUAAUCAUAUAUAAAUAGCAAACAAUCGAUAGAAAAGACUUAUUAAAAGAAAUAAGUUUCACCAAACAAGGUUGCAUUUCAAAAAUACACAUAUCUAUAUA